UAUCUAAUUACCAAUUUGUCCACUGCCCAUCAAGAUAUUGACAAAAUAAGCCAUAAAGAAAAGGGUUUUCAGUUUUCACUCCACAGAGUCACAGGGGUACGCAGAUAUAUGGUCUAUGAGCUCUUGAAUCCCUCAAUUUCGAUUUUUUUGCAUCAAAGAUUAUAAAGGUUCUUAUUCUUCAGUUCUAGUUUCAUUACCCAUCUGAAGAUUCUUUUGUUUUUCAAUCUUUAUGUAAAUUCUUGAUUCGCAGAAGCCCAUCUCAAUGCAUAAGUUGAGGGCUUGGUGUUGAUGAAUGCUCUGAAAUCUUUGUAGAGAUUUCCCCUCCAUUACUUAAUUCAGAGGCUUGUUGUUGAAGGUUUAGGGUUUAUAAUGAGUAUUUUCAAGCAGCUACUACCAUCAAGAUUGGCAUACCGCACCUCUUAUAGAGCAUCUUUUUCGUUCUUUCAUUCCUCCUCAGAUACUUCGAUUCAAGUCCAUUCUCAAGAACAAGAAGUAGUAAUUGCUUUAGGUAGCAAUGUGGGUGAUAGGCUUAAUAACUUCAACGAAGCCUUAACUCAAAUGAAGAGAUCUGGCAUAGAAAUAACUAGACAUGCUUGUCUGUAUGAAACAGAGCCUGCUUACGUGACUGAUCAGCCUCUUUUUCUCAAUUCUGCCAUUAGAGCUGUCACAAAGCUUGGCCCUCAUGAGCUGCUAUCAGUCCUCAAGAAAAUCGAAAAAGAAAUGGGUAGAACCAAAGGCGUUAGGUAUGGCCCACGACCCAUCGACCUAGAUAUACUGUUCUAUGGGAAGUAUAGAAUUAACUCAGAAAUUCUCACUGUUCCUCAUGAAAGAAUCUGGGAAAGGCCGUUCGUAAUGGCUCCCUUAGUUGACUUAUUGGGGUCGGAUGUGGAUGCUGAUACGGUUCUAUGCUGGCAUUCUUUCUCAAAGAAAGGACUUUUUGCAUCUUGGCAAGAAUUAGGUGGCGAAUCUUUGAUAGGAAAAGAUGGGCUAAGAAGAGUGUUACCAGUUGACAAUCGCUUAUGGGAUUGGUCCAAGAAAACUUCCGUCAUGGGUAUCUUGAAUUUGACCCCUGAUAGUUUUAGCGACGGAGGGAAGUUUGAUUCUGUGGGGUCCGCUAUAUCUCAGGUUCGGAAAAUGAUAUCCGAAGGAGCAGAUAUAAUCGAUCUUGGAGCUCAAUCUACACGUCCAAUGGCAUCCAGGAUCUCAGUCCAAGAAGAACUAGAUAGACUAAUUCCUGUUCUUGAAAAGACUCUAGAAUUGCCUGAGAUUGAAGGAAAACUACUAUCUGUCGACACAUUUUACUCGGAAGUUGCUUCAGAAGCGGUUAGCAAAGGAGCUCAUAUAGUCAAUGAUGUAUCGGGUGGCCAGUUAGAUUCUGAAAUGCUUCGUGUUGUUGCUGGUCUCAACGUUCCAUAUAUCGCUAUGCACAUGAGAGGGAACCCUUCCACCAUGCAAAACAGCGAGAAUCUGAAGUACGAUGAUGUUUGUAAAGAGGUUGGAGAUGAGUUAUACGAGUGCGUAAGACGUGCAGAGUUAUGUGGCGUGCCGGCAUGGAGGAUGGUUCUUGAUCCUGGGAUUGGGUUUUCAAAGAAAACUGAAGAUAAUUUGGCGAUUUUGAUGGGAUUAAAGAGGAUUAGGAGUGAGAUUGGGAGAAAGAGCUUAGGCGUGGCUUGUGCACCUGUGUUGAUUGGACCUUCACGAAAGAGGUUCUUGGGUGAGGUUUGUGAUCGGGGUUCGGCGGUCGAGAGAGAUCCGGGGACCGUUGCUGCUGUUACGAGUGGGGUUUUGGGUGGUGCUAAUAUCGUUAGGGUUCAUAAUGUUAGAGAUAAUGUGGAUGCCGUAAAGCUUUGUGAUUCGAUGUUGGAUCAAGUUGGGAGAUCUUGCACCAGAUGAAUGAUCUUUGUUGUUGUAUUUCUCAAAUAUUUAUAACAAUUUUACAAAUUAGUUUGCUAUUAGUUAUAAUGAUUAACAUAUAAGCUAGUUAA